AUACUGGUACAGCUGAGAAAGCGCAAACCUCCAGCAAAACUCCCUUACAAAGAGAACAGUCUACUGCUAUUGAGAUUCCUAAGCCAAGUGUUGAAGAAAUCAAGAAGUGGAGUCCGCAACAAGUUCUUAAAUUUCUUAAAAAAAAGAAAGAUAAGAUAUUUUUAAAUAAGGAUAACAUUAAAAUAAUCAAGGACAACAGAGUUUCCGGUCGGGCCUUUCUUUAUUUGACACAAGAUGACCUUAUUAAUGUUGGAAUGACUCUUGGACCUGCUAAAACAAUAUUAGGGUUGGUUAAGGAAUUGAAGGGCGAAGAACAAGAGAUGAUUGACAGUUCAAAGAUACUCCUGCCACCCAAGCUAUACAACUACAGCUUGAAACAGAAAAGCGUAAAAGGGUGGAAACUGAAAUUAUUAUUGGAACGGGAAAAAAGGCUUCGUGUUGAUGUUGAAUACAAAACCUCAAUAUCUUAUUAUGAAACUAUUUUGUACGCAACAACCCACGACCUCGCUAGAAUGUGGGAGCAGAUAAAUCCAAUACACUGUCAAAUGCUAUGGUUUGGACCCGCAACAGAACCACUUAUGUUCGAUCAACCACCGACAAGUAAAGUUGAACAAGACUAUCAAGAUUGGUUUACAAAGAAAAUACUAACACAGCUCGAUGAUGACGGGUCUGUUAAAGCUGUGAACAGCCAUCAGUUAAAGUUCCUCGACGGAAAAGCUCCCGAUAGCGCCACUCAUACUAAGGGUUAUUCUUUAAGUUCACAUACAGUAGAGGCCAUAGGCGAGAUAAAAUGUCGAGGAAAUUGCUUCACAAACACUUAUCAAGGGCAAGUCCUACGGUAUGCCAUACUCAUUUUGAACCAUCAGAAGAACCGGAAUAAGAUCACAGGAUUCUUGACGGAUUGUCAUCACAUAAUGUUUAUUGAAGUCUCCAGGCCUUUAGGUCUAAAUGUGGAUUUAGAUGACAUGAUUGCAUCUACGCCCACCUCUACUAUAUUUAGCGUUGUCGACAAUAAAAAUGCAGUUGUCAAACUUGUGAAUCAAUCCGAUCUGUUAAACAAUGAGGUCAGAAUAUUGAAAAAAUUGGGUCAAAUUUCUGGUGUUAUAGAGCUGGUCGAUUCGUCCACAAAUGCGAUGUUAUUACAACCACGUGCAGGUGAAUCGUUCAAAGAAAGUCCACGCCAUGUAUCAUCCCUCGUGGAAAUUGUGGAUGUGCUUUAUCUAUGCCAUCGAAUUCAUAUAGUACAUGGGGAUAUCGUAGGAGAGCAGUGGAAUUACUAUGGUCCAAGAUUACCCUUUCGCUCAUUACGAUUGAUGAAAUCAAAGUCUCCAAUUUUUAUUCAACCCCAAGAUGAUCUCUUUAUGCUCGUUCAAUCACUCUAUCUUUACUUGCAUCACAAAGAAGUACUUGCGACUAUGAUUGAUCUCAGUGAUCCCUCGAAUGUCCUUGGGUUUUGGGAGAAAGUGUUUUCGAAUGAUCUCUGGGGGAAGAUACGUGUUUCCUGUGAAAACUUGGAUUAUGAUGCCUUAAAGGAAUGCAUUUUACAAAUAUCGCAACAAAAAUUAGUUUGA